AUGAAUCCAUUCGAGUCGCCUUCCGAGUCCGGCCACAGCGGUCAGCCGCAAAGGCCGAAUGCUCCACCACUACCUCCUCUCAGCAUGCCAUCCAACACUCGUCCACUGCAACCCACCUUCUCGCCGCCGCAACAACAUCAGUUGCCUCCUGGCUACCAAUCACCACCAUCCCAACAGCGUCCUUACCAGCAGCAACCUUUCGGUUCAAGUCAUAGCCCUAGUAUGAUGUCGCCCCCCCUCAACGUCUCCCAGCCCUUUGGCAUGGGUCCCGGCGGAAGCCACCAAGCCUACGUCAACAAUGCAUCCCAACCUGCCUCGCGUCCCCCCGGCAUCUCGUUCCAAGAACCAGAACGCAUUCCCGUACAGCGAUCCGGUCCUUCGCGCGACUCGGUCAAAUCGUACGGCGACGACAAGCGUAGCCUCAACGAUCCCAACAGCAGCAGCGCCGCUCUGGCUCAAGUCAACUCGCUCGAUCCCGAGUCGGGCUUCUCGGCGCAGAACGCCAACUUCCGUCGCAAAAAGUCGCUCGUCCGUCCCGACCGUGAACGCAUGGAUCCCAACCAUCGUCAAUGGUACUACCGCAACCACGCGGCUCACAUGGAUGUCAUGGCCGCCUCGGGCGGUCGCGUUGGCUACAUGCCUUCGACAACAGGUCACUUGCCUCAGCACGGCGCGGCUCCUCAUGGCUCCGGCAUGGCUGGCAUUGUCGGCCCUGGAGGCGGUCUCAGCGGACUCGGUGUCGCGGGUCCCACCAACGUACCCCCCGGAGGUCUUGGUCGCGCUCCGCCUCUGCGUCGCGGCAAGUCAAUUCUCGGGAGAGACGAGGAUCAGGUCGAGACCGGCAUCAACGUGCUCAAACGCGGCGUCUCGCUCCGUCGCAAGCAGUCCAAGUCGGGCAACAAGGCUUCCAAAGAGGUGCCUCGCGACCUGGGCGAAAGCAAGACCUCGAGGAUCGCACCCGGUCCCGUCGGUGGCUGGAUGAUCUACUGCUACAUCUUGACCAUCUGCUGCCCCGGUCCCUUCCUCCGAUGCUUCGGCAUCCGCACCCCUGAGCAGCAGCGCGCCUGGCGUGAAAAGAUGGGUCUCAUCGGCAUCAUCGCCUUGAUCAUGUUGUUCGUCGGUUUCUUGACUUUCGGCUUCACACAGACCGUCUGCGGCACGCCCCCCGACCGCUACACGCUCGGCACCAUCGACGUCGGUUCCAUGACCUUCAACGGCUAUGACUACAGCUUCGAUGGCUUCAUCCACCCUCAAGUUGAUCCUUUUGGCCGCGACACGAUCUACAACCGUACCAACCCCAUCUACUCGGAGCCGUGGUCAUCCGGAGGACAGGACGGCAGCUUGCUCUUCCAGAAGAUCGGCGCUGCUUGUACCGGCAUCAUUUCCAACCGCAACGGAGGCGGAAACCCUUCUCGAUACUUUGACUGCAAUCUCGUUCGUCAAGACGGCAGGGGUGGAUACGCGAACAACACCAUCUCCAUGUGCCACAACGGUACCAUCGUGGACCAGUUCAACGACGGCGCGCAGCCCGCCAAUUCGAUUCUCAAGAAGCGCGGCCAGGUCUCGCUCAACUGGAACAACAUCACCGACACCACCCGCAAUCUCGCCGUCUUCCGUGGCGCCGUGCUCGAUCUCAACCGCCUCAACAACUUGACCGCCGGCCUCAACUAUCCCGCCAUCUUUGACACAGUCAAGAGGCGUAACGAAACCUGGGCUGGCCGCGAUGUCACCUCGGCCGUCAUGCGCCAACGCCUCGACAACGAAUUCGCCUGUCUCGAGCAGAUCACCCGCGUCGGCUUCAUCGACUCCGAGACCAUCGGCUGUGUCGCCUCCAAGGUCGAGCUCUACCUCUCGCUCGUCUUCAUCAUUGGCGUUGUCGCCAUCAAGUUCUUCAUGGCCGUCAUGUUCGGCUGGUUCAUUUCGUGGCGUCUGGGCAACUACGCCAACGAGACGUACGAGCAGCGAAUGAAGCGAGCCGCCGAGAUCGAGCAGUGGUCCGACGACAUUUACCGUCCCGCACCCGCCGGCUACCGACCCAACGCACGCAAGCACAAGUCGUUCCUGCCUACGCAGAGUCGAUUCUCGGUCGCCGACCCGCUCAGCCUCAAGAGUGGCUCGCGUGCUCCCAUGCCGCUGAGCGAGAAGCGCAUGACCCGUGCCAGCCGUCUUGGUGUCGCUUCGCCCCUUGGCGGCUCUCCGCCAGGUUCGCCUUCGGGCGGCAGGAGCUCGGCCUCUCUCGGCGCUCCUCUCUCGCGUCGUUCCUCGUUCUCAGGUAGCCCAGGCGAAGGCGCCAUGGGUGUCUGCCCCUUCCCGCUGCACAACAUUGUACCUCAGCCUGGUCCUGAUUUCCGCCCCUUCGGCUUCCAGCUGGCACACUCGAUCUGCCUCGUCACCGCCUACUCGGAAUCGUUUGAGGGUCUGCGCACCACGCUCGACAGUCUUGCCACCACCGACUACCCCAACAGCCACAAGCUUUUGCUCGUCAUUGCGGACGGUAUCGUCAAGGGCGCAGGCUCGGACAUCUCGACCCCUGAUAUUUGUCUCUCGAUGAUGAAGGACCUUGUCAUCCCCGCCGAGGAAGUGGAAGGCAACUCGUAUGUGGCCAUCGCCGACGGCUACAAGCGCCACAACAUGUGCAAGAUCUAUGCCGGUUUCUACGACUAUGACGACGAGACCGUCGAGCGAUCCAAGCAGCAGCGUGUUCCCAUGAUCCUCGUUGCCAAGUGCGGUACGCCUCUCGAGGCCGACAGCGCUAAGCCCGGUAACCGUGGUAAGCGUGAUUCGCAGGUGCUGCUCAUGGCUUUCAUGCAGAAGGUCAUGUUCGACGAGCGCAUGACCGCCUUCGAGUACGAGUUCUUCAACAACAUUUGGCGCGUCACGGGCGUCUCUCCGGACAACUACGAGAUUGUGCUCUGCGUCGACGCCGACACCAAGGUCUUCCCCGACUCGCUCUCGCGCAUGGUCGCCUGCAUGGUCGAAGACCCCGAGAUCAUGGGUCUCUGCGGUGAGACCAAGAUUGCGAACAAAUCCGAGACCUGGGUCACCAUGAUUCAGGUGUUUGAGUACUACAUCUCGCACCACCAGACCAAGGCCUUCGAGGCUUGCUUCGGCGGUGUCACCUGUCUGCCUGGAUGUUUCAGCGCCUACCGAAUCAAGGCACCCAAGGGUCCGCAUGGCUACUGGGUGCCCAUCCUGGCCAACCCGGAUAUCGUCGAGCACUACUCGGAGAACGUGGUGGACACGCUGCACAAGAAGAACCUUCUGUUGCUCGGAGAGGACCGAUACCUGACGACGCUCAUGCUCAAGACGUUCCCUAAGCGAAAGAUGAUGUUCGUGCCGCAAGCGGUCUGCAAGACCAUCGUGCCAGACACCUUCCGCAUCCUGCUGUCGCAGCGUCGACGAUGGAUCAACUCGACGGUGCACAAUCUGUUCGAGCUGGUGCUGGUCAACGAUCUCUGCGGUACCUUCUGCUUUUCGAUGCGCUUCGUUGUGUUCAUGGAGCUGACGGGUACGUUGGUGCUUCCUGCUGCCAUCGCUUUCACGCUCUACGUCGUGGUGCAAGCCUUCCUGCCCAACGUUCCUACCCCUACGAUCCCGCUCAUCUUGCUCGCGCUCAUCUUGGGUCUUCCCGGUAUCCUCAUCGUGGUCACGUCGCGCAAGGUCGCUUACCUCGGCUGGAUGUUGAUCUACCUGUGCUCGCUUCCCAUUUGGAACUUUGUGCUGCCGAUGUACGCGUACUGGCACAUGGACGAUUUCUCGUGGGGUGCUACGCGAGUGGUGCAGGGCGAUAACAAGAAGGACAACCACGGCGAUGCGGAUGGCAAGUUUGACCCGUCGCACAUCGUUAUGAAGCGAUGGGCCGAAUUCGAACGCGAGCGUCGCUGGAAGUCGGGCACGCACUCGCGCGACUCGACCUACGAUAUCGUGCAACGCAGCGGAUCGCCCGAGAGGGCCAGCAGCAUGCGCUACUCGAUGGUCUCUUCGGAUACCUUCCAUUCGAACGGACAGCACGACCAAUUCGGUCGGGCUUUGCCCAACGCCAUGUCUUCGAGCGCUUCGCAGUUUGGACCGGACGCUUCGGAGGUGUCGCACAGCAAGAGCGCAUCGGGAGCUCGUGCGCGUCUGGAUGCAGUUCCGCUGCUCGAGCUGCCUGCUCCUCUUGCCACCGAUGCCAAGCAGCGCAGCGCCGGUGUUUCGCCGCCUGGCAACGUGGUGGUGCCGCGACCGCGUGCCACCUCGCCCACGCCUCUGCCGCACAACUCUGGCCACCCCGCUCUCGGCAGCGUCAGCGCCUUCUCGCCUUCACAGCACAGUGCCGCGCGUCUGCCGGCUCCACCUGGAGCGGCUGUGUACGAGGCAUACCCGCACACCGACCUUGCUGACGAGGAGAAGCGACCCAUGAUGGGCUCUGCCUCCAGCUCGCCUGAUCCGGAACCACGCCGCUUCGUCGGAGCCGACGCGGCAGUGCGACACGGCGAUGUGUCGACGGAGCAGCGCUACCCCACGGUGAGCGAGUCAGCGUACCCGAUGCAGGCGUACACGGCGGAGCCCGAGACGGAUGGGUCCGUGUCGCCCAUCGCAUCGCAGCACGGCUUCAGCUCGGCCAGUUCGUCGCAGCAGCAUCGUCCGAUCACACGAGGAUUCAGCCUGGUGGACGACGGACCCGUCGCCAGCGCUCAGGGUGUGCGACAGGUGCAGCGUGGUGCGCGACGCACGUCGCAGGCGCCCCAUGCACCGACCUCGCCUCCUCCUGCUGCCAACCGAAUCGGCAACCUUCCCCCCGGCGCCGCUCCUCCCCAGCAUUGA